AUGGCUCUCAGCUCUCUUCCUCCUGUCAGAACCCUCGUUUUAACUCGCCAACUAUUAUGGCGCGGAGGCGCGUGGCACGCGGCUCCGUCGCCGAUUAAACCUGUCCGACAUGGCCGUAGAGAGCGGCACGAGUUAAGCACUCCGUUAACAGUGCAGGCGCGCGCGGGGAGGCGCGAAGCUGGAAUUGCUCUUGGUGGCGCGCGGGGGAAAGGUGAAGGACGGAACCCACUAUUGGCGGGGGUGAGCGGGGAGGAGCAGGAGACUGCCAGCAGAGUGCUCGAGCUGGCCGAUCGUUCGCUCGCCUCCUAUUCAGUGCUGCAUUCAUCCUUCCUCUCCCCCGCCUCCCAAGCUGCCAUCAUGCCGAUUCUAUCCAACAUGGCUGAUGUCACUGCCAUCCCCUCUGGUGGAUACUUCCAGGCAGAGCGGUGCAGGGUGUCAGUGGGGCCCACAGAGCUGAUGGCGGCAGAGGGAGUGAGUGCGGUUGCUGCUGCUGACGAUGGGACGGGCGAUUCUAUUCCAGCGCUGGCAGCUGGGUACCCAGGCGCCGUUGCAGCAGUGAGGGUAUCAGGCGCUUUCAAGCAAUCAUCAGUAGCACAUGGUGACUUCCUGGGAGCAGUGCUUGGGACAGGGAUUACAAGAGACAAAGUCGGUGAUGUUAUUCUUCUGGAGGGCGAGGGAGCACAGGUCAUAAUCGCUCCAGACCUUCAGGACUUCCUGCUCUCAGCACUCACCACAGUGCACCGCGUGCCAGUGACAGUACAACCUAUCGCCCUCUCCGACCUCAGUGUGUCACCUCCGAGGAUCGACACGCUCCGCACAGUGGAAGCUUCCUUGCGUCUCGACGCCGUUGCCAGUGCUGCGUUCCGCCUCUCCCGCUCGAAGUUCACCGACCUCAUAGCCAAAGGGGACGUGCGAGUGAAUUGGAGGGAGGCGGCUAAAUCAGGAGUGGUGCUGAAGAGUGGUGAUGUGGUGUCGGUGCGGGGGAAGGGGAGAUGCAAGACAGGACAGGUGGGGUUCAAGAGUGGUGAUGUGGAGUCGGUGCAGGGGAAGGGAAGAUGCAAGGUGAGGAGGGGGGAAUCAGAUUAG